GAACGGUCAGUCACGGCCGCGGCAGGUGUCUCGUACGUACAGGUGUUCAGUCAGCUAGCGGCGCGUACUCGCGUGUCCGGUGCGUGCGUUGCACUUUCAACGAGCUAUAUAUUUCCAUUGAACGGGGUCCUGCGAGUAAAAAGAAACGCGCGUGUGUUGUUUCAUUCGAAAUUCGUGACAAUGUCUCUGUCGCGGUGUGAAGUGGCCGAGUCAAAAUAUCGGGAAAGGUGAUCGCGGCUAAAUAACAGAGAUUUUCACACGAAUGAUCAACGGCAGACGUCGCAGGAUAUGUUGUAGCUGGAUAUUAUGCUAAUCACGUUACGGUCAGAAUGCGGGAGGAAGAACUCGAGAUAUCGCUCAAGGUGGUGAUAGUCGGUAACGGCGCCGUAGGAAAAUCAUCGAUGAUCCAGAGGUUUUGCAAGGGAACGUACACGAGGGACUACAAGAAGACGAUCGGCGUCGAUUUCCUCGAACGGGAGAUCGAGGUGGACGGCGAGGACGUGAGACUGAUGCUGUGGGAUACCGCGGGCCAGGAGGAAUUCGACGCAAUCACCGCGGCUUAUUAUCGCGGCGCCCAUGCCUGCGUCCUCGCUUAUUCAGCCACUGACAGAGAUUCCUUCGACGCCAUUCCUUCGUGGAAGCAGAAGGUGGAGAACGAGUGCGGCGAGAUUCCCACGGUCCUCGUGCAGAACAAGAUGGACCUGGUCGACCAGUGCGUGAUUGAUCCAGAUGAGGCGGAGAGGCUAGGCAGAGCAUUGGGCUGCAAGCUGCUGCGGACAUCCGUGAAAGAGGACGUCGGAGUCAUGAGCGUCUUCCGGCACCUGGCGUCGCGAUGUCUCCACGAGAUGCGACGCUGCGACGACGAUUAUCAGGACGACCUCAGACUGUACUCGUCCGGGCCCAGAUCGCCUUCUGUAAUAAGUGCUUUUAGUCCCAAUGGAUCUAUAUGCGGUCGAAGUACGGGAAAUGGUACGAUUGUUUUGCGGCCAGGAACCAAGGCAAAAAACCAUAAGAAGAGGAAUUUCGUGAAAAACGCCUGUAGGCUGCUUUAGUCUUUGCGUGGAUAAAUACGUGAAAAGCUGUUUACGAACUAAUCUCUAACCGUGUACAGACUGAUAUUCAUAUUUAUGAGCGAUGGAUAUGAACCUACAUGAGCUUUGACAAUUACAAUUGAUCAUGUAGGUGCAGCUGAACGUACUGUAUGGUUCGAAUGAUUACACUGUUCAGCACAUUUCGUGUUCCAAUGAUCAAUAGAUAACUUUUGUAUAGAUUUUCAUGCGCUGAAUACCGACUCGGAACUGUUUUUCUCCAUCGUCAUCAUCACUUUUCGUGAACUUUAAUUUUUAAAAACAAGUUGAAUGGAAAAAACGAUUUUCAUAUUUGUAUAGAGUGUCGAGAUCUCUAAUAAUCUUCUACUAAUUAUUGAGACACCAAAACUGUGCGAGACAGUGUUAUUAAAUCGCAUUUAGUGGCGGUAAGCUGAGAAAUUCGAAACGAUAAUUUAUAACAAUUAGAACAAUUUUCUGAGAACAAUAAAAAUAUAAAAAUUUUAAAUAUUCGCACGAUGAUGAAAGUAACAUUUUAUAUAUAAACAAUUUUUUAUAUAAAAACAAUGAAUUUCUUUUAACUCACCGACGCUAUUAUAAUAAGUGCACUGUGUAAAUAGUUUUAACGUUAAUCUCCACUUCAAUCUGAAGCAUACGUAAGUAUCGUAAUCGUUUAAGCCAAUUUUGCAGAGACAUUUAAUAUUCGAAUAAAAUAAAUAUAUUAUUUGUAUAUGUAAAAGACCGAGGUUAACGAAAAGUACAGUGUUUUCUCUUUUUUAUGCAUGUUGAGUCAAUGUAAUUGUAACAAGUGAUCAGUGUAGGUAAUAUAAUAUAUAUAUAUACGUGUGUGGUAAAAUUCUUCGCUAAAAAUAUGUUCAAAUAUUAAAAGAUGUUUUUAAAUCGUUUUGAUUUUUUAUAGAAGUUAAUUUAUAUGUAAACAGAUAUCAAUAUAAUGGCUAACCAAAUAUUCUACGUUAUAAGAGAAAGAAUCUUAUAUUGACAGAAACCAAUUUUUCAUGAAUGGUAACAGCGAGAAAUAAAUAGAAAUGAGAUGUUACACAA